AUGGCUUCGAUGAAAAAUAAAACAAGAUUUGUAGAUUGGGCUAAUAUUGAAGGUGAUGUCUUGAGAUGCAUUGCAGACAUGACUAAUGCCGCUUGGGAUCUCAUUCGUAUGACCGCAGUUUGUCGAUCUUGGCAAGCUUCUCUCGCGAAUAAAAGAAUCAAAUUCCCUAUUUGCUUAAUGCUAACAGAAGGUUACUACAGUAAGGAACAUUGUUUCUACAGUACAUCGGAAGCAAUAUUUGAUGUGUUGUAUUUGCCGGAGAUACAAGGAAGGAGAUGUUGGGGCAGUCCUUUCGGUUGGUUGGUAACAUAUGCUCUCGAUUUCGAAACUAGACUGUUUAAUCCAUUUUCCAGAACCAAAAUUCCCCUUCCUUCACUAAAUACUAUAGCCGAAGAAGAAGAUUGCUCACUUGGAGAAUUAUUUAUGUACUCUUUACGCAAACUUAUAUUAUGUACAAGUCCUGAAGAAUCUGAUUGUAUCGUUUUAGCAAAUACUUCGGAUGGUUGGUUAUUUGCAAAGCCAAGUGAUGAAGCAUGGACUCUUAUUGGUCUUAGUGAUCAUAACGAUUUAGAUGAUGCCAUUUAUUUCAAGGGUAAUUUUUAUGGCUGUCUACACACUGGUGAGAUUGUUUUAUGUGAAGCAACUCAUCCAAAAGUUGUAGAAUUUGCCCCACCACCUCCUGAUUUGCGAUAUUUUUAUCCAGGUAUCAUCAUCAAGUAUCUAUUUGGUUUGGGUGGAAAUCUUUGUAUCGCAUGUCGCCAUGUCGAUACUUAUUAUGGAACAGUUGGAUUUGUGAUUUUCAAACUAGACAUGGACACGAAGAGUUGGGAGAAGAUUUAUUCAUUAGGUGAUAGGACUUUGUUCUUGGGAAAUUGCUCCACUUUCGCCAUUGCCGCUGCUGAUUAUCCCGGUUGCAAGCCUAAUUGCAUUUACUUCUCAGAUGACAGUCCUUUGUUGGGUCCAACCACACGCUUAGAUGUGGGCAUCUAUGAUUGUCAAAACUUGAAAUUAGAAAAACAGUCAGAAAGAAAUAGUGAUUUUCGUGUCCGAAUGAAGCCUUUUCCCAAGUCGAAAGACGGUCGAAAUCUCCUCCUUUCUUCAUUGUCUCAUCUUUGGAUCGUUCCAUUUCCAUACCAUCACUAA